AUGUCGCUCGAAGAUACCUUGAAGUCCCGGUCGGAUUACAUUGAAAAGACCGAACUGGGCGAUCUGACCACGGAACUGCCAGGGAGUUCCCUUUCGGAGCCACACAAGGCAUACCUGCUACAGCGACAUGGCACGUUAGAUCUGGAUCCGGUCCCUAGUAUGGACCCUGCGGAUCCGUACAAUUGGCCCCUCCUGAAGAAAAUCAUCAACCUCCUUCUAGUCGCUUUCCACGCCUGUAUGGGCACUUUUACCGCCGCAGCCGUCAUCCCAGCCUACGAAGAAAUUGCCGAAGACGUGGGUGUCUCUCUGCAGCGAACAAGCUAUCUGACCUCUCUCCAAAUCGCCAUUCUCGGUGGUGCUCCUCUUUUCUGGAAACCACUUUCCCAGCGCUACGGACGCCGUCCUAUCUUCCUCCUCUCGUUGAUCCUCAGCUGCGUCUGCAACAUUGGCUGUGCUAAGAGCCCGGAUUAUGCGUCUAUGGCUGCAUGUCGUGCCUUGGUGGCGUUUUUCAUCUCCCCGGCUAUGGCGAUUGGCAGUGCUGUUGUCACGGAGACAUUCUUUAAGCGCGAAAGAGCACAAUAUAUGGGUAUCUGGGCGGUGAUGGUCACUCUGGGAGUGCCUGUGGGCCCUCUGAUUUUCGGAUUCGUCGCCCAACGCGUGGGAUAUCAAUGGAUUUAUUGGACUCUGGCUAUUACCAACGCCGUCCAAUUCAUCCUCUACAUAUUCUUCGGUCCCGAAACACGAUACAUCGGAACCGACAUGCACGCCUCCUCGGCCUUCAAGCACCAAUACCUCUCCAUCCGACGUAUCGACCCUACUCCCUUCCAACUCGCCGAGUUCUACCAUCCCCUCACCCUCAUCACCAACAUUCCCGUCCUCAUCGCCUCGGCCGCCUACGCCAUGGUCUUCCUCUUCGCGUCCGUCAUGAAUUCCGUAGAGGUGCCCCAACUGCUACAGUCGAAGUUCGAGCUCAACGCGGAACAACUUGGGUUGCAAUUCCUGGGUCUCAUUAUCGGUUCGCUCCUAGGUGAACAGCUCGGUGGUGUUCUGUCGGACACUUGGAUGAAUCUCCGCGCAAAGCGGACCGGUCACAAACCUGAUCCCGAGUACCGCCUGUGGCUCAGCUAUAUCGGAUACUUGCUUACUAUUGCGGGGGUGGUGGUGUUCCUGGUCUGCACGGAGAACGCACAGACCGGGAAAUGGAGUGUCAGCCCGAUUAUCGGCACAGGGAUUGGUGCGUUCGGGAACCAGGUUGUCACUACGGUGUUGAUCACAUACGCGGUCGAUUCGUACCCGGCUGAUUCAGGGAGCGUGGGUGUAUUCAUCAACUUUAUCCGGUCAACAUGGGGGUUCAUUGGACCAUUCUGGUUCCCCGAUAUGUUCGAUACUGUGGGCAUUGCGAAGAGUUCCGGUGUGGUGACGGCGUUGCUGAUGGGCGUGAGCUUUAUCCCUACAGUGAUCUUGCAGUGGCGGGGGAGCAAGUGGAGGAGUACUUAA